GUCCAAUCCCCCCAAACCCUUGACCACUGACUGACCGCCGGCCGCUUUCUCCUUCGCCCUUCUCCUCUACGGCGACGCCCGGCCGCCCGGCUGCUCACCGCCGGCGCUCUCGCUGACGGCGAUGUCGUCUUCGGAGCUGCGGCCGCGCCCCGCCACCUCCUUCUCCGGCGACCUGCCCGAGGACGCGCUGUACGAGGUCCUCCUCCGCAUCCCGGCCAAGGAGCUCUGCCGCCUCCGCGCCGUUUGCCCCGCCUGGCGCGCCCUCACCUCCGACCCGCCCUUCGUCGCGGCGCACAUGUCCCGACACCGCACGGCGCCCCCGCUCCUCGCCAUUGCCUACCGCGACGACAGUGAGGUCAACGGCGUUGCGAUUUCGGAUCUGUCGGGCAACGUCGUGAGGCGGAUUCCAGUCACUGGGUAUGAGAUUGUUAUGGUGAACCAGUCGGGUGAUGCCGUUCGCCGGAUCUCAAGCAAGGACGAGCAUGAUAGCAUCCGUGUUGUGCGCAGCCGGCUAGACCUCGUGUGUUUCCACUGGAAUGUGUACUCUAGGACCUUCUGGGUGCUGAACCCGGUCACUGGAGCUACUCUCGACUUACCGAUGGGCCACUCGAAGGAAUUGGAGCAUGAGCUGGAGGUACAGGGAAGAAAAUGGGGCUGCCAUGUCGAGUGGUGCGCUUUUGGGAAGGUCUCCUCUACCAGAGAGUACAAGGCGCUCCGCAUCUGUAGCAUUCGUGACCGGCAGGUAUGUGAGGUUAUCACCUUUGAUGACACCAACCAUGGAAGCUGGAGGAGAAAGCAGGACCCGCCGUCCCGUAUCUGUACCGGUCUCCAGAUGAGAUGCGUGGUCGUCGAUGAGGUGGUCUACUUCUUGAUGGAUUUUCACUACACAUACUUUGAAACCGGGGUUAUAGCCAUUGUGCCUGGUAGCAUAGCUUCGUUCAACCUCGAGAAGGAGGAGUGGGGUGUUCUACCUGGUCCAGAACAGGUGAAGAGGUUUGUGCAAGAGAACAAGAAAUACAGUUACUCACAGCUUGAGCUCCAGUUAUCAUUGGCUGAGUUGAACGGCUGCUUAGUUGUGGUUCAUAAUAUUCAUAAGGUAUCUAUGGACUUGUGGUUUUUGACAGAUUUUGAGAAAGCUCGGCAUGGGGAGCGCGGUGGAGAUGCUGUGCGGGCCGUCCCGAUCACCGUUCUCUACAUGUUCUCCCGCUCCAUCCCCAUCCUCCAGAUCGCCGGCGCCGCGGCCGGCGCCAACUUCCCGAUCCAGAAAUUCUUGCAGGCGCAGAGCAUCAUAGCGACCACCGCCUACAUCUCGGCAGCCACGCUCGUUGUCCACCUUGUCCUCAGCGACCUCGUCGUCUACCAGUUCGGGCUGGGGCUUCUGGGCGCCUCGCUCAUGCUCAGCACCAGCUGGUGGAUCAUCGCAUUCUCCGGUCUGCCUGAAUUUUUAAAGCUGUCCCUUGCCUCUGCUGUCAUGCUCUGCCUCGAGACAUGGUACUUCCAGAUACUCGUGCUCAUUGUCGGCCUCCUCAAGGACCCCGAACUGGCUCUCGCAUCGCUCGCUGUUUGUAUGACCAUUUCACAAUGGGUGCUCAUGAACCAGGUAAAGUUGCCACUUCUGAAGUUUUCACUUGCAUCAGUUUGCAGCAGUGUCAGGGUGAGCAAUGAGCUUGGUGCGGGCAACCCCAAAUCAGCGGUGUUAUCAGUCGUGGUGGUGACGAUGUUGUCGUUCGUCCUAUCAGUUAUAAUCUCGGUAGUCAUCCCGCUCUUCAAUGACUACAUCAGCUACAUUUACACCGGCGGCGAAAAUGUGGCAGUGGCCGUGUCCAAGCUGACCCCACUCCUGGCACUCACCAUAAUCCUCAAUGGCAUCCAACCGGUGCUAUCAGGGGUAGCCGUGGGCUGUGGUUGGCAAGCGUUUGUCGCCUAUGUCAACAUCGGCUGCUACUAUGCCGUGGGCAUCCCCCUUGGCUUCCUCCUUGGCUUCUACUUCGACCUCGGUGCAGUGGGCAUAUGGAGUGGUAUGAUUGGAGGUACAUUGAUGCAGACUGUGAUCCUAGUGUGGGUUACCUUGAGGACAGACUGGAAUAAAGAGGUCUCCAUGGGGAUCAACAUUGAUAUGGGGUAUUAUCAAGAUCAUCUGGAAGCACUACUGCAGGAUGCUGCUAACGCGACACUACGAUCAGAGACCCUUUCAGAAACUGUGUGCGAUGCCAUAAUUGCAAACGGUGUUGUAUGA